UAUUGAAAAGAGGCAGUGACCUGUCAUCCCUGACUGAUGGGAGCGGGCGCUGGGAGCGACCCCGUGUGUGGGAAAAUACCUCGGCCAAAGAGCUCGAGCAUUCAAAUGCUAAUUCUGCCCUAUAAAUAAGAGCGGUGCGUGGUGCGGAGGGCCUUACAGACCCUAGACUCAGCCGGGAGAGGAGAGCUAUACUCUAACUACACAACUAUACGGAGCGUAAAGGAUAGAUGACAGCUAGCACCAUGGCUCACAACGUGGGGAAACAAUCGAGUACCAAGGAGAGAAAGCUGCGGAAGCCGAUAAUUGAGAGGAAAAGACGCGAGAGGAUUAAUAACUGCUUGGAUCAACUGAAAGAAACCGUGGUCGGGGCGUUCAGUCUUGAUCAAUCGAAAGUUGAAAAGGCGGACAUUCUAGAGAUGACAGUGAAACACCUGCAGAAUGUUCAGACUCAUAGAUUCAGUGCAGAGCCCAACUUAGACCUAGAUGCACAGCAGAAGUACAGCACAGGCUACAUCCAGUGCAUGCAGGAGGUCCACAACAUGCUGCUCAGCUGCGAGUGGAUGGAUAAAGCUCUUGGCUCCCGCCUGCUCAACCACCUGCUCAAAUCCCUGCCCCGCUCCAGUGAAGAGCGCCUCUCUCAGGCCAACCCCAACCUCAGGCCUGACACCCACCCACCCAGCCAGGGACAUGGAGCCCCCACUACACCCCUCAGAGGGGACCACAGGUCUGGUAGGCAGGGACAGAGGGAGGGGCCCCUGUCCCACAUGGUGGGGCCCCAGGACAGCCCCCUGCUCCUGCUCGGGAGCCCCCAGCACCUCAGCCCCCACCUGGGCAUGCUGGAGAUGUGGAGGCCCUGGUAAACUGUACUGGCGUGCUGGAUCUUUACGUUAGACCCUCCUCUGUUAUGUAUCUUAUAGAUAUGCUACUCAGAAGACAUAGUGUUCGAUUGUGGGGCGGUUGUGUUCCUGAUCUGGGUGUGCUAUAUAUACAGACCUUUCAGUACUUCCUCUCCAAAGUCUAUUUUCCGUAGCCUGCAUUGUAGAAGGCGCUUAUUCAUAUUUUUUUUAUAUUUAUUGUAUUAACGUCUUUAUUUAUUAAAUAAGAAAAACAUUUAGCUUCUUAGCUCUAGUCGCAAAUAGCUUUUGUUCUGCUCCCUUCUUUGUCUAUAUUAUUAACCAAUAUUAAUACAAAUGUCUAUGCAAUUUCUGCAGUUAUCUAUUUUCUUUAUGUGAACACACACACACACUUUCUCCCUCUUAUAUAUAGAGGGCUGUUUUGAUCCUAUCAACAUCAUGAUAUUAAUCCAUGUUUAAAAAUAUAUGAAUGAUGCUGAGGCCUACUGCUACUACAUAUUAUAGUACAUUUCUAAAUGGUUAAAAAUGAUUAGGCUUAUAACAUUCAUUGUAUUUCAUUUAUUAGACUCUUGUUUGCAGUGUGAAUGAAUAUGAGCAACUGGAUUUAGUAAUAUUAAAUUCAUUAUCUGGUCCAGUUGGACAGGCCAUAAAUGUACAGGUAACUGUCAAAAUAAAAGAAAC